GCGCCAAGAGAUAUGAACGAAAGGCUGAGUUAGUACCUUAGCCUUUUGAAGAGGAGGACCCUAAGGGUGCCAAGGACGUCCAAUGGAUGAUGAAGUUGGCGCUCGCAUGCAAUCACAGUCUGGUGGAGGAGGUAAGGACGAUAGAGAAAGGUCCAGACCGGGUAAGGAGUCACGAGGAGUUGAUGGGAGGCAUGUACCUCCUCGUCAAUACACUUCUGCAGGAACCCUCUGAUCUGAUAGGCUCGUUAAACCCGGCUGGAGGAGGAGAUGUUGUGCCAGAAAGCCAGGAUGACGAGUUUGAGAAGGGAGAAAUCAAAGAGCCUUUCCGUGCAGAGGAGUAUGAUGGAAUCUACCUGGAACUGGGACUCCUCUUAUCGUGCGAAAUGCUGGAUAGGGAUGCAAGCGAUAGGGCCCAAAGGAUGAGGCAGCGCUAUCUGGUAAGGGAUGACCAUCUUUUUGUAAAGAGGCAAGUGGGGAAUCCCAGGAGGGUCGUAUGUGGCAGGAACCGUCAGAUUGAUGUAAUAGCUGCACUCCAUGAUGGCAUUGCGGGAGGACACCGAGGGGCUAAUGCCACAUAUGCCAAGAUAAGUGAGCUAUACUAUUGGGAUGGAAUGAUGGAGAUGGUCAACCUGCAUACCUUGCCAAGAGCGAUCUCAUCUAAGGCCGGGAGAGCCACUGCAUCCAAGGUUGGAAAGGGAAGUAGGGGCCAUGGGCGGGCCAUUCGUACAAAGACUGGGCCAGUCUUGGUCAGCUGCAUCGAGGAGUACUACUUGCGCUAUCCCUUUGUCAGAGAGUUCGUAAUGGAUAGAGGAUCAGAGUUUACCUGCCAGGAGGUGCAAGAGUUGUUAUCGAGGACUGACUUUGCGAAGACAACCAUGCCAAGAGGAGGGAGGGAGAUGCGGCCAUUGAGGAGACCAACCGGGGCAUCAGGGGGACACGAGCGGCAUGGAUCUUACCGGAGGGAGCAUACGCCAGAGUAUGACGAUGGGGACAUAGAGCUCUUCUUCGGCGAUUAUUGGAGUUAUGCGAGUCGCAGGAGAUGGACGGUGACCCGCAUGAUUGAGAGGUUGAGGGGAAGAGGACGCUUCGCAGAGCCCAUUGCGCGGAUCCGUGAGGAGGCAAGGACUUGGCAGGAGGUGGAGCAGGCAAUGCAGAGGCUAAGACACUCGCCGGUAGGAGCAGACGGGGAGCCGAUUCGCCUCCAGAUUGGGAAUGCGGGGGAGUUCAUCCCAACUUUCGAGCGGUUUAUGCACGAGCAAGCCCCGACUCCGGAAGUGGAAGCCGAGCCAAUGGAUGUUCAAGAAGAGGGCAGGGAGCGAGGAGAGACGCCACCACCACCUCCAGAUCUGAUUCAGUCACCUGAGGUGAGGGUAGAGACAGAGCCGGAAGAAACUGAUUGGAGGAAGGAGGCAAUCUCUACAGUGGACAUGUAUCUGGCAGCGCAUGCUGCGGAGCACCCUGAUUUGGAGGAGGUUCCGAGGGAAAAGCCGUUGCAGGAGCCUCAUCCGCCGCCAACGGAGGCACCACCUGAGGCCCCACCAGGUGAUAUCCGCCCUAUAGCGGGGAGAGCGCGUCCUCGAGAGACUGCUGAGGAGAAGAGGAUCAGGGUAGGCAUACGAUUGGAGGAGAUAUGGCAGGAGAGGCAGAGGCUAGAGGCGUCAGGAGAUCUUCCAGACCGACCACCCGACGCACCAGCCAAGGCCCCUGGGAUUCCAGACUUGUGGAAAGAGUUUUUUGAACAGAGGACCGAAGGACUCACGUCGCCUACAAAGGCAGGUUUCGGGGUGGCCAGACAGGCUGAGGAGACUCUAGAUCGGAGAAUUCGAUUUCUGGCCAGGACGAGCUUCGAUAGGUACCUGAUGUUGGGGGGUGACCUGGCAGGAAAGAAGGCAAAAGAAGAAGGCCAUGGGCCGUCUGAGGCGGGACCUUCACAAGGGCCACCCCUUGGAAGGGUUAUCCUGGGGCCAGAAGAGGCUAAGGCAAAAAGGGAGGCUGAAAAGGAAGCCUUCGUGUUCAGGGCACCAACAGAGUUUGCGACCCUACCAGUGGAGCCUUUGGGAGUCCCGCCGACAUCCUCGCCACUGCCAGGCGAAGAGGGACCACAGGGGGCCACAAGUGAGCCAACACAAGGAUCGAUGGAGGGGCCCAUGGGUGUGCUCCUUGAGGCGCUUGACACUAUGCAAGAGGAAGCAAGCACACCUAUGCCAGAGUUGGGUACUGAGACUGUAAGCGAGGGACUGCCUAUGGUGGUACCAGAAGGAAGGCGGGAGAGCAGGCCUCAAAGGUUGGAUACACCUGAGUAUGUGCCAGAAGUGGGUGAUUUGAGGAGUAGGCUGGGAUCUUGGGCUCCUGAAUCUGGUUCUGGGGAGCGAGCUCCGGAGUCGGAGCAGCAGGCGGUCGCCAGCACCAUGGUAGGGUCCCCAUCGUCACCUCCGCCGCAGCCAAAGAAGAAGAAAUUCAAGAGGAAGGUUGAUCAGCUCUUCUUCUUUUGCAAGAGGGGCGUACAUUGGGCCCUCGUGCGCCCUAAGUUCCUCAAGGACAAGGCGGAAGGGAAGGUCUCAGAGAGUGCAGGGAAGAUGUAUGAUAGGCAGGGCCGAGUGGUAGAGAGGUCCGCUGAUGGGGGUAGAGCACAGUUAUAUAGGCACAACCAGGAGGAGAUGAGCUUGGGCUUAGCCCUAUGGGUUAUGACGUUAAACUUGCGAAACGGAGGUGCGGGGAUCGAGACCGGCAGGCGGCAGCUUAGGAGCGAAGCAGCAUUGGAUGACAAGGACAGAGGGGUUGAGAGUCCCGCGGACUAUCCCCCUUAGUUUUUGUUGGGGGAGGUCGAUCGCGGGCCUUGUUGGCAGGCCCAUGGGGAUGCUGUUAGGUUCCGCCCCCUCCCCUGUUUUUUUUUUUUUUUACCUUUUUUUUUUUUUUUUUAUAUAUAUACUUUGUCUCAUUUGGGGCCGGCCAAAUUCGAACUGGGGUCUGUAGUUUUGGCUUUCCCCGCGUCCCGCUGGGAGGACGCCGAUAGCCAAAAGAGGAAGGGAAUUGGAGAACAUCCCGAGCAGAGCUAUGGGGCUGUAGCUUGAGGGCAGCUAGUGACGCUACGGGCGCACAGCCCGCUGCCCACCGCCUACUGUAAACGGCCUAAGUGUGAGCAUGCCCGUUGGGGCCCUGAGGAAAGGCCGCAGUGGUGCAGUGGUAGGUGGCUAGGCUGCUGACCACCGCAAGUUGGAUACCUGCGCCAUCUGCAGCAGCCCCGCCGCCUUCCCACAUGCCGAAGGUUCGACACCCGUUUAAGGCUGUGCGCUGCAGGGCCAUCAUUCCUUGAUGCCGAACGAAUGAAUCAGCGAGACGCUA